UUUUGCCCAGUGACGAUAAAUGUGUCCGCGGAUCAAGUUGGGUCGCAAAACUUUCCAUCGCCGUAACAUACAUAGAUAGCCACUAGAUAAGUUAGUAGCUGCAGCCGACAACCGACCGAGAGCAAUGUUGUCACCGAAACUCUGCCAGCGACUCCAUUGUGGCUUUGUUAAUUACAGAGCUUGCCAGAGCUUGAGAAACUUUGCAGCCGCCACUGGCGACGACAGCGAUAACAAUGCUACUGUGGGGGAGCGUGAGCAUCCGCUGAAGGGCGUUCGCAUUCUGGACUUGACCCGCAUCAUUGCCGGUCCCUACUGCACCAUGGUGCUGGCUGAUUUGGGGGCAGAGGUCAUCAAGGUGGAGCGUCCGCAUUUCGGCGAUGAGGCCAGAAAGUGGGGUCCCCCCUUCUUGGAGCAUAGCAAAGAUGCCGCCUACUUUCUAGCGCCAAACAGGAACAAGCAGAGCGUUUGCAUUGACCUGAAGCGUGGCAGGGCGCUGAUCCACAAGCUGGCAGAGAUCAGUGAUGUCCUCGUGGAGAACUACGUUCCGGGCACACUCGAACGCUACGAUCUGGGCUACGAGCAGAUGAAGAAAAUCAAUCCCAAGCUCAUUUACUGCACACUCAGUGGGUAUGGAUCGGUGGGGCCGUAUGCCAAACGUCCGGGCUACGAUGUGAUUGCCUCCUCCGUGGGUGGCCUGCUGCACAUCACUGGGGAGAAGGAUGGUCCGCCCAGCAAGGUGGGUGUGGCCGUGACAGACGUGGCCACCGGGCUGUAUGCCCAUGGAGCGAUCCUGGCAGCCCUCUACCAACGGCAGAAGACUCAGCGUGGCCAGAAGAUCGACGUGGACUUGCUGUCCACCUGCUGUUCCCUGCUGAUAAAUGUCGCCAGCAACUACUUGAACGCAGGCACCGAGGCAAAGCGUUGGGGCACAGCCCACUCCAGCAUUGUGCCGUAUCAGAGCUUCAGGACGAAGGAUGGCUACCUCACGCUGGGCGCCGGCAGCGAUGCGCAGUUCGUGGAGCUGUGUCGCCUGCUGGGCAUUGAGUCUGUGGCGGAAGAUGCCAAAUUCAAGACAAACAAAGAUCGAGUCCAAAAUCGCGAGGAGUUGGUCCAACUGCUGGAGGAGAUUCUGGCGCAGGAAACCUCCAAGAACUGGAUGAAACGCUUCGAGGGUGCCCCGUUCCCGGUCGGCCCGGUGAACAGCAUUAGCGAAGUGUUCGACGAUGAGCACAUUAAGGCAAUUGGCCUGGUCAAGACACUGCCGCAUGCUCGCGAUGGAUCAGUCAAGGUGGUCGGUCCGCCUGUGGUGUACAGCGAGGCACGCAACGAUGCCCGCACGGCUCCACCCAUGCUGGGCGAGCACACGGAUGCCGUGCUGAGUGAGCUGCUCGGCUAUGGGCCUGAGGAGCUCGCCUCGCUGCGGCAACAGGGCAUUAUUCAGUAAGCAGUAACCUUUGCCAGGUAAAUCCUGUACAAUAAAUCUCAAGUAACGAAGUGUCUUUCGAGCAAUAAAUGGGCCAGUCUGCUUCA